AUGGAGGAAGCCUCGGCCGCCGCCGGUUCCGCUCUGCCCUCCCCCGGCCGCCGCCGGCGCCGCCGCACGCCCCGCUCCUCCCCUAAUCCUCUCUUCACUCUGUGGUUGCGGGAGUGGAAGGAGCAGGCCGCGGGCACCAGGGCGGCCAAGGCCUACGAGAGGGCCCUGCGCUCCCUGGCUCUGUAUCCUCUGCCCCUGAGCUCAGGCUCUGCUGCUGCCAUCCUGAAGCACUUUGGGCCUCGACUCUGCCACAGACUGCAGCAGAGGCUGAGGAGGCACCGAGCAGAGCAAGGCCUCCCCCCCAGCCCCCCCACCAGAACUGAGGCCCAGACAGGAAGUGAUGUCACCACUACCACCCAGGCCUGUCCACCACGUGACUACAAGCCCCGUCCCCGCUCUCGGGGCUUUGCCCUCCUAUUGGCCCUGCUCAAGAGCUCUGAGCCAAUCAGAGCGGAGGAGCUGCUGCAGCUGGCCCAGCCCCUCUGCGACCUGCCCCUGAGCCCCGUAAGUGACACCAGUAAGGACCAGUACUCCCUGACCCCACGUGGGCGGCUCCUGGCCCUGCAAUUGGUCGAGACCUCCCCUCAAGCUCUGCCCAGCACAGAGCUCCCCCUGCUGGAGGAUGAGGGAAGUGACCUCCCUUCGGCCCCAGGCCCCUUCACACUGCAGCCAGGCUCCUACGACCUGAUCCUGUGUGCUGACGUCACUGAGGAGUGCGGGGGGGGUCGCUUGCGGGGCCUGGUCCCAGCCCUGCUCAGCCGCUCCAGGCAGGUCCUGAGGAGAAGACUUCCCGUGGGAGACUUCCUGUGGGUGGCCAGGGAGAGGAACCCAGUCCCAGGCAGGGCCCCCCGGGAGCUGGUCCUGGACUGGGUGGUGGAGAGGAAAACAGCCUCGGACCUAGGCAGCAGCAUCUGUGAUGGGAGGUACCGGGAGCAGAAGUUCCGUCUGGGGCGCUGCGGCCUGCGCUGCCCAAUCUACCUCCUGGAGAUGCCCAGCAGGGGGCAGCAGCUCCCAGUGCCCCUCCGCACCCUGCGCCAGGCCGCGGCCAGCACACAGAUUGGUGUGUACUGGUGUAUAUUGGUGUGUACUGGUGUACACUGGUAUGUACUGGUGUGCACUGCUGUGCGCUGGUGUGUGCUGGUGUGUACUGGUAUGUACUGGUGUGCACUGCUGUGUGCUGGUGUGUACUGGUGUACACUGGUGUGUGCUGGUGUGUACUGGUAUGUACUGGUGUGCACUGGUGUGUGCUGGUGUGUACUGGUGUACACUGGUAUGUACUGGUGUGCACUGUGCAUACCGGUGCGUACUGGUGUGUACUGGUGUGCCCCGGUGCGUACCGGUGCGUACCGGUGCGUACCGGUGUGUACUGGUGUGUACCGGUGCGUGUCGGAUGGGUUCCUGCUGCGCUGGACCAAGGGCCCUGAGCACUCUGCUGCCUUCCUGGCGGCCCUGGGGGAUGGACUGCAGAGGAGAUACUCGGGGCGCCCCCUGCAGGCUUGGCUUGGGGAUUUGGAUGGGAGGGGUCCCCCUGAGCUGCCCCCCCCGGGGGUCCCCUGCCCCCUCCUCACCUGGGACAGGCUGAGGGAGGAGGGGGCCAAGAGCAGGCCCCAGACUGUGGGGGAGGUCUUUGCCAGGCAGCUGCUGCAGGUCAGGGGAGUCAGCCCCGGGGUGGCCAGAGGGGUCCUGAGCUGCUUCCCAACCCCAGCCAGCUUACUGGAAGCCCUCCGGAACUGCAAGGACCCCCAGGAGGGGGAGAAGCUGCUGGGGGCCCUGCCCAGAGACCCCCCCAACAGGUCCCUGGGCCCUGCCCUGGGCCGGACCCUGGCACAGCUCUAUGGGACCCUGGGACCUCUGUCCUGA